GUGGAUGCGGAGGGAGGGGAGAAGGCCGCGUAGCGCGGAUUUGAGGGUGAACGGAAAGACGGGAUCCUGGGCGGAGGGUUUCCCCCCCUCCGGGGAAGUCGGCCCCAGUUUGGGAACACACCGCGCUGUGCUCGGAGAGACGGGGGAGGCCGACGGGGGGGUCGCUCGCCUCUGAGAUUACCUCUCCAAAGAGGCCAUGGCGCGACGUAUGCGCAAUAGUAGAGCUUGGCGCUAUGUUCUGAGUGGAGUGCGCCGAGAAUCAGAUUCCCGGACUUUUACAACAGCUUCUGGAACCCAUGGCUGGUCAUCUGACACUGAUGGGCAGCAGCACAGCGACUCUGAUUCAGAAUCAGAAUUUCCUUCUCAGUUGCCUUCCAUCCCCACAGCCAUACCUGUGACAGGAGAGUCUUACUGCAACUGUGAGAACCAGAACGAAACUCCGUAUUGCUCUAACUUCCACAUGGCUCAUCGGAUGAAGGAUUGCCAGUGUGGAGAGGAAGAUGAUUAUUUUGACUGGGUAUGGGAUGAAUUGAACAAAUCGGCAAAUACUCUCUUGACUUGUGACAAUCGUAAGGUAAAUUUCCACAUGGAUUACAGUUGUGGUACUGCUGCCAUCCGGGGGAACAAGGAACUAGCAGAGGGUCAGCACUUCUGGGAAAUCAAGAUGACAUCACCCGUCUAUGGCACUGACAUGAUGGUGGGGAUUGGAACAUCAGAUGUGAACCUGGAUAAAUUCCGUCACACAUUCUGUAGCCUGUUGGGAAAAGAUGAAGACAGCUGGGGUCUUUCCUACACAGGACUCCUCCAGCACAAGGGGGAACGGAGCAAUUUUUCAACAAGGUUUGGUCAGGGCUCCAUCAUUGGGGUGCAUCUGGACACAUGGCAUGGAACUUUAACCUUUUUCAAAAACAGGAAAUGUAUAGGUGUGGCUGCCACCAAGCUCCAGAACAAGAGAGUGUUCCCGAUGGUGUGCUCGACUGCAGCCAAAAGUAGCAUGAAAAUCAUCCGCUCCUGUGCUACCCCCACCUCUCUGCAAUACCUCUGCUGCUACCGUCUCCGCCAGCUGCUUCCUGACUACGUGGACACGCUGGAGGUGCUUCCCCUCCCUCCAGGACUCAAGCAGAUUUUGCACAACAGAUUGGGCUGGGUGUUGAGCAUGAACUGUGGCUCGCUCCAGUCCUCCUCCUCCUCCUCUUCCUCCUCCUCCUCCUCUUCUACCUCCUCAGGAAGCGAUUCAGACAGCUCUUGUGGCUCAGACGCUGAGGCACGCCAUCGGAAGAGAUGCAGGUGGAGGACUUAAUUUAUUCCCCCCCCCCCUUCGAAAGACAGUGUUGUCAUGAAGGAUAAGCCGUUCCCUCAGUGUUACCGAGUGACAUUCUACCUUCCUGAUUGUGUCCUGUUUGAACACUAAAGCCCGUUUCAACUUACCAUUAAAGAGACAAAGCCGUUUCCACAGCUUCAUUGUACCACGUGGCCAGCGAGGUCACCAACACUGGUUUGCCACGUUUCCCGGAACAAGUCGUUCGAAAGGCCAGGCUUCUGGCAGCCCAGUGUAUCAAUAAGUAAUCCUUCCUGCAGCCAAAGGAAUGCUUAGGGACACCUCAGAAGCUACCACAUGUGCUAUGUGAAUUGCAGUAGAGGGCUGCCAGAGUUUCGGAGCCAAGGAGCAAAGCAGUCUUUCCAGAGCCAAAGGGCUCUCCUCCAUUCUCAGUGCUUUGGUAUUCAGAAGAGAACGUUAAACCUUUUGACAGCGUAAGUGGUAUCAUGUGAGGCCUGCAACUCUUCAACCUUCUUUGCAUGUCUUAUUACUUCUCCUGUAUUGAACUAUACCCAAAAGAAUUAAAACAUAUAUACAGACUUUGA